AAAAGUGUGAAAGUAUCUGGAAUUCAAACGUCAGACGAAACGACUUUUUGCAAAGCAUCCUUAAAUGCACUUUCAAGUAUUUUUUUUUUACAAAAUUAUUGCUGUUGUGGAAACCAGGGACGGAUAUUUGCAUUGUGCAUGGUUAUGUAUGUGGAGAACUUGGCUAGUAUCAUCCUCUGUUUUGCGUAGAUGCUCUUUGGAAAUGUCUUAAGGGAACUGCGAUUAAAAAUGGUUGAGAGGUACGAUUUGACGUCGAGCUUGAGCCGUGUUGACAUUUGUGUAACCUCGCUCCAUUCCUCUGGCCAUGCACGGAAAAGCCUUUCCUGCGAUGCCAGUCACCGGCGAGCUUGAAUGGGCUCGACAAGGAUCUGAGAGCACUGCCAGCCCCUCCCAGAGUGUUUCAUGAAGAGUAUGUGAAGUUUUGUUUUUUUGCAACAAGACUCCGGAGUUGAUUUGAUCCUUUAAAAAAAACAACAGGAUUACAAACUUUGACAAGGAGGAGGCUUGAAGGACAUGGCCAAAGUGGGAACAAGUGAUGAAAACCCUGAUGGUGCUGCCAACAGUGAAUUCAGUGACAUAAUCAAGUGGAGAUCAGAUGAACACGAUGCUGUACAGAAGAAAACCUUUACAAAAUGGAUCAAUGCACGCUUCUCCAAGAGUGGAAAAGCACCGAUCAAGGACAUGUUUGCAGACCUCAGGGAUGGCAGAAAGUUAUUGGAUCUCCUGGAAGGCCUCACUGGGAGUGUUUUGACCAAAGAACGGGGAUCCACUCGAGUGCAUGCUCUUAAUAAUGUUAACAGAGUUCUCCAGGUUCUUCAUCAGAGUAAUGUGGAGCUGGUAAACAUAGGAGGGACGGACAUUGUGGAUGGAAAUCACAAGCUCACCUUGGGCUUGAUCUGGAGCAUCAUUUUACACUGGCAGGUAAAAGACAUAAUGAAGGACAUCAUGUCAAACCUGCAACAGACAAACAGUGAGAAGAUUCUUCUGAGCUGGGUGCGCCAGUCUACCCGCUCCUACACCCAAGUCAAUGUGCUCAACUUCACCACCAGCUGGGUCGAUGGACUCGCUUUCAAUGCCAUCCUCCACCGGUUCCAGCCAGGUCUGUUUAGCUGGGAUAAGGUGCUAGGUCUGACCCCUGUGGAGAGGCUGGAGCAUGCCUUCACCAUUGCCAAAGAACAGCUGGGCAUCGAGAGACUGCUAGAUCCUGAAGACGUGGCUGUCCAGCUGCCUGACAAGAAGUCCAUCAUCAUGUAUGUGACGUCUCUGUUUGCGGUCCUUCCUAAGCAAGUCACCAUGGAUGAUAUUCGGGAAGUGGAGACCCUGCCCCGGAGAUACAAAGCAGAAUGUGAAGAGGGACAGUUCUGCAGUCAGCAAAGCCCCGGCCUGGAAGAGGAGACCUCCAGCUCGCGAGCAGAGACCCCCAGCACGGUGACCGAAAUGGAGGUGGACCUCAACAGCUACCAGGUCGCCCUGGAGGAGGUGCUGACCUGGCUGCUGUCUGCAGAGGACACCCUCCACAUGCAGGAUGACAUCUCGGACGACGUGGAGGAAGUGAAGGGCCAGUUCCACACCCAUGAGGCCUUCAUGAUGGAGCUGACCUCACACCAGAGCAGCGUGGGCAAUGUACUGCAGGCCGGCAACCAGCUCAUCGCCCAGGGCAACUUGACCGAGGAGGAGGAGAAUGAGAUCCGCGAACAGAUGAGCCUCCUCAACUCGCGGUGGGAGUGUCUGCGAGUGGCCAGCAUGGACCGGCAGGCCAGGCUUCACGAGGUUUUGAUGGAGUUACAGCAGCAGCAGUUGCAGCAGCUUUCGGAUUGGUUGACACAAACAGAAGGACGAAUUCGCAAGAUGGAAUCUGACGUGGCUGGGGACUUGGAAGGCUAUAAGAAGCAGAUUGAGCAACAUAAAGCACUACAGAACGAUCUGGAAACGGAGCAGGUGAAGGUGAACUCUUUGACCCACAUGGUGGUGGUUGUGGAUGAGAACAGUGGAGAGUGUGCCACCGCAGCACUGGAAGACCAGCUGCAGUCACUGGGUGAGCGGUGGGCAGCUGUCUGCCGCUGGACAGAGGAGAGGUGGCACAAACUGCAGGACAUCUUCUCCGUGUGGCAGCAGCUGGUGCAGGACCAGUGUUUGUUCAAAGCUUGGUUGACUGAGAAAGAAGAAGCUUUGAAUCAAGUUCAAACCUGCAACUUUAAGGACCCAAAUGAAAUUAACAUGAAUGUUCGGAGAUUAGCAAUCUUGAAGGAAGACAUGGAGAUGAAGCGACAGACGCUGGACCACCUCAGUGACGCAGGGCAGGAUGUCAUCCAGCUGAUCGGCAGCCCAGAAGCCUCCCGCAAGAUUGACAGUGAUGUGGAGGAGCUGACGCAAAGAUGGGACAACCUUGUUCAGAAACUGGAAGACUGCUCCAAUCAGGUGACCGAGUCAGUGUCAAAGUCAGGAAUGUCCCAGGUUCAGGAGAAGGUUGUCAUAGAGACGGUCACCCUGACAGAAGAAAUGUCAGUGAAACAAUCCAAGCAGGAGCUUCCGCCUCCUCCUCCUCCCAAGAAACGGCAUGUGGAUGUGGAAGCGAAGAUGCUGAUUGAUGGUGAAUUUGUGGAGAUUCUGGAUUGGAUUGCAAAAUGGAAAGCUUCCAUUCAAGACUUCAGUUUCAAAGACUACGAGAAGAUGAUGGACACUUCUGACAUUAAAGAAAAACUGAAGUCUCUGGAAGCUGAACAGCCACAAAAGCAGCUGAAGGUGCAGAAGGUGCUGCAGACUGGGCAGGACAUGCUUGAGCAAAUGGAGAAAGAGGGCCUGUCGGUGGAGGAGGUGAGAAACAGUCUUGAUAAGGUUUUGUCAGAAUGGGAGGAUGGCAGCAGACAGUUGGAGCAGUUGAAACAGAAGGUGGAACACCAAGAAAAGAUUUCAUCCUUUUACAAAGAGCUGAGGGCGCUGGAGCAGGCUCUGACAGUCAGUGAAGAAUGGCUGAGGGGCACUCCUGCUGUGAGUGACGAAGAGAAGACCCUGCAAACGUUGAAAACAGCCUGCGAGGUCGAAAUCUCACAGCUGGCAGGACUGAGCCCGCAGUUAGAGCACUUGGCCAGCGUGGCGGCAGCUCUGGGUAAAGAGCCCUCAUCUCCAGGUUUCAUCCAGGAUGACUUCAGAGCUCUCCCUGCACACUACAGCACAGUGCUGAGGGACCUGCGGGCCAGACAGCAGGACCUCAGCACAGCUCUGAAUAGCCUCCCCUCCCGGGAGCAUCAGGAUGCCAUGAAGAGCCUAUCAGACCUGCUAGAUGAGGCUGAGACUAAGCUCAGCACAUCCUGGAGGGAGGUGGUGAAUGCAGAAACCGCUGAGGACGCCUUGAAAAAUGUAGAGACUUUGUCUGCAGAACUGAGGGGCCAGCGGCCCACUGUUGAGAGGCUGCAGCAGGCCCCUGGGGGCCCAGUGAAGUGUGAGAGCCUGCACGAGAGGUGGGAGCAGCUCUGCUCCAGAGCCGGCGAGGAGACCCGAGCGCUGCAGGACAUCGUGAAGACACUGAGGGAGUUCAAUGAGAACUCUGCUCAGGUUGAGAAGUGGAUGGAUGGCGCUGAGAGUUUUAUAGCCAGAGAGAGUGCUGCCCUCGGAGACGCAGAGAAGCUUCAGGAAGAGCUAAAUCGGUGCACGGAGUUUGUGAAUGAAAUGGACAAUGUGGAGAUGGCCUUAAAAACAAUGGAAGGUGAAGUGAAAGCUGUUCAAGGGCAUGCAGUACCAGGUCUGGCCAGGUGGGGGCAGCCCAAGCUGGAGGAGUGUUUGGUUCGAUGGGAAAAGCUCAGCAAGCAGAUGUUAAGCCACCAGGAGCGUGUGUCGGAGAACCAGGAGAAGGCGGUGAAUUUGAGGAAAGACUUGGCAGAGAUGCAGGAGUGGAUGACUCAAGUGGAUGAAGAGUAUUUGAUGAGAGACUUUGAAUACAAGAGUCCUGAAGAACUGGAAGGAGCUUUGGAAGAGAUGAAGAGAGCGAAAGAGGAUGUGUUGCAGAAAGAGGUGCGAGUGAAGAUCCUGAAAGAUAAUAUCAACAUGCUGGUAGCAAAAUCUCCCCCUGGUGGCCAGGACCUGUCAUCAGACCUCAGUGGUGUUUUGAAGAAUUACCAGAAGCUGUGUGAGCGUUUUCGGAGCAAGUGUCACACCUUGGAGGAAGUUUGGUCAUGUUGGAUGGAGCUGCUGCAGUAUUUAGAAAUGGAGACAAACUGGCUGAACUGUCUGGAAGAGCGUGUGCAGAGCACAGACAACAUGCCUGAUAAUACCGAGGCUGUCAACGAGGCCCUGGAGUCCCUGGAGUCUGUUUUACGACACCCGGGGGAUAACAGAACACAGAUCCGGGAGCUUGGCCAGACGCUUAUUGAUGGAGGGAUUCUGGAUGAGAUAAUCAGCGAGAAGCUGUUGGCCUUCAAUGCUCGCUACGAAGAGCUGAGUCACCAGGCUGUGAGCAGACAGAUCUCUCUGGAGCAGCAGCUGCAGUACCUCCGUGAGAACGAACAGAUCCUGCAGGCCCUCCAGGACUCUCUGACACAGCUGGAUCAGCAACUUGCCUCCUAUCUGACCGACAGGGUUGAUGCCUUUCAGCUCCCUCAGGAGGCACAGAACAUACAAGCAGAGAUCGCAGCUCAUGAGGCCAACAUGGAGGAGCUGCGCCGGAGGAACGUGGGGAACGUCCCCGUGGUCACCCUGGAGGGCAAGGCGCCACGCGGAGGCACCAUGCUGGACGUGCUGCAGAGGAAGCUGCGUGAGAUCUCAACCAAAUAUCAGCUCUUCCAAAAGCCUGCGAACUUUGAGCAGCGGAUGUUGGAUUGUAAGCGUGUUUUGGAUGGGGCCAAAGCUGAGCUGCACGUGCUGGAUGUCAGAGAAGUCGAGCCAGAGGAAAUUGAAAAGCAUUUGGAUGGCUGCAUGAAACUGUACAAGAUCCUCAGUGAGGUAAAGCUGGAGGUGGAAACUGUGAUCAAGACAGGAAGACAGAUCGUGCAGAAGCAGCAGACAGACAACCCGAAAGCAAUGGAUGAGCAGCUCACAGCUCUUAAGCUUCUCUAUAAUGAUCUGGGAGCCCAGGUGACUGAAGGAAAGCAAGACCUGGAGAAAGCCAUCCAUCUCUCUCAGAAGUUGCGGAAGGAGACCUGCGCCCUACAGGAGUGGCUCACUGCAACAGAAACUAUUCUCAGCCAGAAGAACUCCUCAGGAAACAUGCCUGCUGACAUUGACGCAGAGGUUGCAUGGGCAAAUGGUGUGCUGAAGGAGCUGGAAAGGAGGAAGGCAGAUCUGAACAGCGUGACAGAGAACAGCGCCGCCUUGCAGGGCCUGGUGGAGGGCAGUGAGGCCGUGCUGGAGGAGAGGCUGUGUGUCCUCAAUGCGGGCUGGGGGAGAGUGCGCACCUGGGCUGAGGACUGGCUCAGCUCUGUGCUGAACCAUCAGAAUGAAGUGGAAAUCUUUGAUGAGAAUCUGGCUCACAUUAGCACUUGGCUGUACCAAACUGAAAUUCGCCUGGAUGAGACCGAGAAGCUACCAGCAAAUGAGAAGGAGAAAAUUGUAAAGAACCUGCUGUCUGAGCUUGAGGACAUUAGUUUGCGAGUGGACAGUGUACGAGACCAGGCCAUUAUCCUGAUGACCAAUCGAGGGCCUGCUUGCCGCGAGGUGGUGGAACCCAAACUGGCUGAGCUUAACCGCAACUUCGACAAAGUUUCCCAGCAUAUCAAAGCAGCUAAAAUGUCCGUGAGCUCAGAGUCCCUCAGCUGUGAGGUAGCAGUGCGACAGGGAGCAGAAAGUCUGGAGAAGAAACCUGUAAGUGAACUCCUGCUCUUUGAGAGAGAGCUGGUGGCCACACUGAGUGCCCUGGACAGGCGGCUGGAGUCCCCUGAGCAGCUGCCCCAGGAUGACGAGAAGAUGGAUGAAGAAAAGGCCCAGAUUGAAGAUGUGCUGCAGAGAGGAGAAUGGCUGCUUCCGCAAACCUCAGAUGAUGGGAGAGAGGAGCUGUGCAAGAAACUCCUUCUGCUACAGACCAAGUACUCCACACUGAGGGAAUUGAAAACAGCCAGGACUAAACAUACUCCUGAAGUAGCCCCAGCAUUCUCCCAGUACAAAAGGGAGAAGGAGUCUCUCAUCAGUUGGAUGAAUGAGACGGAGAAUCGACUGUCAGGGCUGCACAGCAUUGAGGAUGAUGAAAAGUUACAGGAGUUGUUGCAGGAACUGGAGUUGAGAAAAGAAGAGUUCAGUUCACUUCAGGAGAGGAGAAAAGAUUUAUCUCGGUAUGAGACAGAACAGUCGGACAUUGUGCAAUUUGACAAGCGGUGGCAGGAGAUUGAAAACCAGUUUGUGAUAUUUCAAAAAACACACUUCAAGAGCACACAGAAGGAACGUCAGAGUGGUGUGGACGACAGUGUGUCAUCUCUCCUGCCCACAGACUAUCUGCUCGAUAUUAACAAGGUGCUGUUGGCCAUGGCUAACAUUGAGCUCCUGAUAAAUUCCCCAGAGCUCAGCAGUGGGCUGUAUGAGGACUUCUCCAGCCAGGAGGAUGCACUGAAGAAUAUAAAGGACAGCCUUGAGAAACUCGGGGAGCAAGUUGCCAUUAUUCAUGAAAAGCAACCUGAUGCUAUUCAGGAGGCAACCAGAGUGGAGGUUGUGCAAAUAGGGGAUGCACUUACCCAGCUGAAUGCAGAAUGGGACAGAGUCAAUAGGAUGUACAAUGAUCGGAAAGGGUGCUUUGACAAGUCAGUGGAGGAGUGGCGUCAGUUCCACUGCGACCUCAAUGACCUGAGCCAGUGGGUGACAGAGGCUGAGCAGGUGUUGGCUGAUGGGAAAGGUCCUGAUGGAGCUCUGGAUUUGGAAAAGGCAAAGAUGCAUCAGCAGGAACUCGAGGAAGGUCUGACAAGUCACCAGCCCAUUUAUUCCACCUUGAACCAGACGGGUGAGGGCAUCAUCAGACAGCUGUCUGCCCCAGAUAGCAGCCUGCUGCAGGAGAAACUGGGAGGUCUGAACAGGCGCUGGAAGAAAGUCUUCAAAGAGAUCAGGGAGCGGCAGCACAGAAAUCUUACCAUGCUUUGUGUUGUGACCAGCCUCAGGGCAGGGGACCCACAGCUGGCAGACUUACUGAGGAGGACAGAUGAACUGGCUCUCUGGUUAGAGCAGGCUGAGUGUGCUGUGGGAACUCUGCCAGUCACUGCUGCAGAUACAAACCUCCAAGAACUCAAGGCCCUGGCAGAAGAAAUGGAUGUCCAGAAUGAAAAGCUAACUUGGCUCAAUAAGAACGGUCCUCAUAUACUGUCCAGCAAAUCCCUCAGCUUGCAGGACCGAGACAAGCAUGUCACUCGACUGAGAGCCAUCAACAUGAACUGGAGCAAGGUAACAAAGGAGCUUUUGGAUAAAGUAGGUGAAGUGGAGGUGAAUUUGCAGAGUCACAGACAAUUCCAGGACAAAAUGGACUGUCUGUCAGACUGGGUGAUUGUGACAAGGCAGCAGCUGUGCUCACGAACGCCUGGUCACCUAUCAGCCUCAGAGAAUCAGGUUCUGGAGAAGACAAUGAAGGAACACAAGAGAGAGCUUGAAGAUCUACUUGCCAGAUCUAUUGAGCUUCAGAAAAGGCACCAGCUACUUCCCCAGGAGAAGAGUAAAGUGGAGCAGCUGGCUGCUGAUUGGAAGGCUCUGGACUUCACGGUAAAGGAAGCGGCUCAGGUGUCUCCUGUCAGCUGGACCCAGCAGGUCACGCAGCAGAAGGUCACAGUGCCCUCAGCAGUCCAGAUGGCUAGCCUUGUAACUUCAGAUUCUGCCCACCAGACACUUCGCAGCCCAGAGCUUGUAGCCCCUACAGAUCUGAAUGAGACAGCUACUGAACUUGCUGACUGGCUGGUCCUCAUUGACCAAAUGCUGAAGUCAAACAUUGUCACUGUUGGAGAUGUGGAGGAGAUCAAAACCACAAUUAGCCGUCUCAAGGUGACAAAGACUGAUUUGGAGCAAAGACACCCUCAGCUGGAGGAUAUUUUCACUCUUGCGCAGAAUAUCAAGAACAAGACUUCUAAUGUGGAUGUGCGCACAGCCAUUACUGAGAAAUUGGAGAGAGUGCGCAGCCAGUGGGACAGUACUCAGCAUGGCGUGGAAGCGAGGCUGCAGCAGCUGGAAGAGAUGAUUACUGACAGCAACCAGUGGGAAGACCAGAGGAGAGACGUUAUGGCUCUCAUUGGACAAAAUGAGGCACGCCUGCAUAACCUGUUGCAGGCAUCUAGGGAACCCCUGACCAAACAGCUGAAUGACAAUAAGAUAUUUUUGCAGGAUUUGAACAGGGGGCAGAUUACAGUGGCUUCCUUCAAUGAUCUGUCUAGCAAGCUGCUCCGUGACUAUGCCUCUGAUGACACCAGAAAGGUGAAGGAGAUCAUGGACAAACAUACUUCAGCUUGGGAUGCCAUCAGAAACAGAGCGAAUGACAGACAGAGCUCCCUAGAUAUGGAGAUGAAGUCCCUCCAGGGAUCGCUGAGGGAACUGGAGGGAUUCCUCAAGUGGCUGCCGGAGGCCGAGACCACGGCCAACAUGCUGUCAGACGCCUCACAGAGGGAGGACCUUUCACAGGACGGUGCUCGCAUCAAGGACCUCAGGAGUCAGCUGGAGGAUAUUCAAGCUGAGAUUGAUGCUCAUAAUGACAUCUUCAAGAGCAUUGAUGGCAACAGACAGAAAAUGGCCAAGGCGCUGGGCAGCUCCGAGGAGGCUGUGUUUCUGCAGCAGCGACUGGAUGACAUGAACCAGCGUUGGACUGAACUGAAGGCAAAGUCUGCCAAUAUCAGGGCUCAUCUGGAGGCCAGUGCGGAGAAAUGGACCAGACUGCUCGCGCUGCUGGAAGAACUGUGGAGAUGGCUCACUCUCAAAGACGAAGAGCUCACAAAGCAAAUGCCAACUGGUGGAGACGUCCCCACCCUGCAGCAGCAGCACAGCCACUGCACGGCAUUGCGAGCUGAGCUGAAGGACAGAGAGCUGAUGGUGGUGAACACUUUGGACCAGGCCAGAAUGUUCUUGGCUGACCAACCCAUUGAAGGGCCUGAGGAGCCACGGAGGACCUUGCAGCCCAGAACAGACCUCACUCCAGAGGAGAAGGCCCAGAGAGUAGCCAGAGCCAUCAGGAAACAGUCAACAGAAGUGAAGGACAAAUGGGAGCAACUGAAUGCUCAUGCCAGCAGUUGGCAGCAGCAGGUGGACAGGGCCCUGGAGAAGCUGCAGGACUUGCAGGGAGUUAUGGACCAACUGGACAUCCACCUGGCCGAUGCAGAACACGUGAGGGAAGGCUGGCAGCCAGUGGGUGACCUCCUCAUCGACUCCCUGCAAGAUCACAUCGACAAAACCACUGCAUUCAAGGAUGAAAUUGCACCAAUGAAACAGGAAGUCAGGCUAAUGAAUGACCUUUCCAGUCAGCUGUCACCCCUUGACGUACAGCUGUCUUCGAGCACCUCCCGACAGCUUGAUGACUUGAACAUGCGCUGGAAGCUCUUACAGGUAGCUGUGGAGGAUCGCCUCAAGCAGUUACAAGAAGCACACCGAGACUUUGGACCCUCAUCCCAGCAUUUCCUUUCAACUUCUGUGCAGCUUCCUUGGCAGAGAGCUAUAUCCCUCAACAAGGUUCCUUACUAUAUCAACCAUCAGACCCAGACGACCUGCUGGGACCAUCCAAAGAUGACAGAGCUGUUCCACUCUUUAGCUGAUUUGAACAAUGUGCGGUUCUCUGCCUACCGGACAGCCAUGAAGAUUCGCAGACUACAGAAAGCACUCUGCUUGGAUUUGCUGGACCUGAAUGUGGCGCAGAAUAUUUUUGAACAGCACAAACUCACCCAAAACGACCAGCUUCUAAAUGUCCCUGAUGUUAUCAAUUGCUUGACCACAAUUUAUGAUGGGCUGGAGCAGAACCACAAGGAUCUUGUUAAUGUGCCCCUCUGUGUUGACAUGUGUUUAAACUGGUUGCUCAAUGUGUAUGAUACCGGUCGGAGUGGGAAGAUACGAGUAUUAUCUAUGAAAAUUGGACUUCUGUCUCUUUCUAAGGGGCAUUUGGAAGAAAAAUAUAAAUAUCUUUUCAAGCAGGUUGCUGGUCCAUCUGAGAUGUGUGACCAGAGACAGCUGGGGCUGCUCCUUCAUGAUGCCAUCCAGAUACCCCGGCAGCUAGGCGAGGUGGCUGCCUUUGGGGGCAGCAACAUCGAGCCGAGUGUCCGCAGCUGCUUCCAGCACGUCAAUAAUAGGGUGGAGAUAGAGCCCAAGCAGUUUGUGGAUUGGAUGCAUCUGGAGCCUCAAUCUAUGGUGUGGCUCCCUGUGCUUCACCGAGUUGCUGCUGCAGAAACAGCAAAACAUCAGGCCAAGUGCAACAUCUGUAAAGAGUGCCCCAUUGUGGGCUUCAGGUACCGCAGCCUAAAACACUUCAACUAUGAUGUCUGCCAGAGCUGUUUCUUUUCUGGACGCACAGCAAAGGGCCAUAAAUUAAACUAUCCUAUGGUGGAAUACUGUACACCUACAACUUCUGGGGAAGAUGUACGAGAUUUUACGAAGGUGUUGAAAAACAAAUUCCGAUCGAAAAAGUACUUUGCCAAACAUCCCCGACUUGGCUACCUACCAGUCCAGACUGUCCUAGAGGGAGAUAACUUGGAGACUCCUGUCACGCUCAUCAGCAUGUGUCCGGAGCAGUAUGAACUCUCUCAGUCUCCACAACAUUCUUAUGAUGACACUCAUUCCAGGAUAGAGCAUUAUGCAAGCAGAUUGGCACAGAUGGAGAGGUCAAAUGGUUCUUUGCCCACAGACAGCAGUUCUGCAACAGGAAGUGUGGAUGAUGAGCACACACUGAUCCUGCAGUACUGCCAGACCCUAGGAGGGGAAUCGCCACUCAGCCAGCCUCAGAGCCCAGCGCAGAUCCUGCAGGCCGUGGAGAGAGAGGAGCGCGGGGAAUUGGAACGCAUCAUUGCCAGGCUGGAAGAGGAGCAGAGGAAUCUGCAGUUGGAGUACGAGCAGUUGAAGGAACAGCACAGUCAGAGAAGUUUCUCCCCACCACUCUCCUCCCCGCCGGACUCUGUGGCCGUUGGCCAACAAGGGGGCCCUGAAGAGGCCGAGCUCCUGGCUGAGGCCAAACUCCUGAGGCAGCACAAGGGCCGGCUGGAGGCCAGAAUGCAGAUACUGGAGGAGCACAACAAGCAGCUGGAGUCCCAGCUUCACAGACUGAGGCAGCUGCUAGAACAGCCUGAAACAGAUUCCAGAAUUAAUGGAGUUUCAUCAUCUGCAGCCCUUCAGCAUACUCUAGUCCAUCACGCACUGAAUCAGGAUAUGAACUCCAGCUUUGAUCAUGCAGAUGACUUGUUAGUCCCACCAAGCAACACCAGUACAGACUUGGCAGAUGUCAUGGAACAGAUCAAUAACACUUUUCCUGCAUGCAGUCCAAGUAUUGCCCCAAGACCACAGGUGAUGUGAGGAAUCUUUUAAGGAGAAGAGUACAGUGAGCACUCCCCAGAGGACUGACCACUUCAGUAGUGGCCUUUUUAUUUGCGAUUGUUUGGGAUUUCAUCUGUUUGGCCAGAUGAAAGAACUACUGAAGACCCAAAGACACAGACCAGGACCAGAGUUUCCAUAUAUUGUCUUCUCAUACUAUGCAAUUGUAAAUUUCUGAACUGUAGAUUAUAUUCAGAGUUGGUUAAACAUUUGUCAGUGAUUUGUAUAAAUAUUAAUUAGUUGGGGGGAGGGGUCUUUAUAUCUGCAUUUUUCCUAUCCUGAGUAUGGUUUAGAAAUAAUAUUAAGGUUAAACUGUUACAUUUCUACAUUCCUCAGCUCUUCGCUUUAAUACUGUAAAAUUGCUUUCUUCACUUCAGACAUUGCUAUCUUUUGAGAUAAGCCGUGAAAGAAACAGUAUUUCAAAAACAUGAAAGUGUUCUGGGGUAAAACAUUUAAAGAGACUGUUUCAUGUAUAUCUGCUGUAUACAAUGUUAAGCUCCUUUGAAACUUUGCUUGUGACAGGGAUAUGCAUAAAAACAUUGUGUGAAGUAAGGUUUUUUUUUCUAAUGUUUGAUGUGACCACCCUUUUAAUGCAUAGGUGUGAUAAGCAGUCUGUGCAUCAAGCUUAAUAUGCACUGUAUUGUACAUAUGCAUACAGAAACAGGCUCUUUAAAUCCCAGCUGUGCCUAUACAGUUCUCGUUCCAGCUGAAGACAGAGAUUUAAAUAAUGUGUCGGCCUAAAAUAGAAAGAAAAAAUGCUAAACUGGAAUAUGUUUUUGAGGCCCAAUAUAAUUUUAUGUGUAGUAUAUAGUUUUAUAAAUGUUUUAAAUCAGAUGAAAGCCAUGACUGCCUUUCUACCUCAGACACAGCUCCCUUCCCACGCUCUGUAUUUUGUUGAUUGUUGAUCCAUAAAACACACAGCUUUUGCAAGCUUUGUAAUAGACAACAAAGAGUGAAAAACACCUCCUAGUUCCUCGCAGCAGGGUCAGUGGUCUUUGUUACUCACUUAAGAUCUAUGUAUAAAAUAUUCUCUGGCCUCUUCAGACCUUUUUCUAACAGCAUAUACAAUGUGGUGUGUGCUGUGCUAUCAAUACUUUUAACACUAAUAUAGACUCUCAGCUGUACCCUUGGACGAUGAUAUGGUGAACUUUAAUAUUAAGCAACUUGUUGUCAUUUUGAGGUAUAUAGGAUAGAUUGGUGACACUACAUCUAAUACAGCUGCACGUAUUAUAUUUUAAAUAUUUUUUAUAACAAAUCAGUAACUUUAUUUUCUGCGUAUCACAAAGAGUUACUGGUAAAUUAUAUAUACUUGAUUCUGUGUAUGACAAGAGGUAUACUUCGGUAUUUGUCUUAUUAUCUUAUAGUGACCAAAAUAUCAUUACAUUCAAUUCAUUCUUUACCACUGGAGUGACAUGAGGGUCAGUUUUUUUUAUGUUGGAUUUAACUAAUUGUUAUGCAUGGUAAAAGUGUACAGAUGGGAUGGUGCAUUUUUUAAUAAAUUAAAUAUUCAAGAUGAUUUUAUUUCUGAAAUUACCCAGAGUAAAAAAGUGUUUUGUUUACUUCUGUGAAUCUAUAGUUUUAUUACUUUAAUAGAAUCACACUAUAAAACAUGUGGAUGCCAUAAUUAUUGUUUCCUGUUGCAUAUGGGAGCUGAUGUCUGCAUUAAACACUAUUGUUUCGCUCAGCCACUGCAGUGUAUACAAUUGAAAAUGUAUUAAAAUUUUUAAAGCACAAAA